UGCUGGUGACCAAGAAGAUACUUACUGAAUGGUUUAUGCUCUGUUAACCGGGAGUUCCUGAUAACAUGACAUUUCCUAUACCAUCCCACCCUUCCUGGGACACUUGUGGCUGAUCCAGCUGUGGGUGAGUCCCCCAGCUCCCUGUGGCAGCAGGCACUGCCCUGGGCAGCAUGUGCAGUGCUUCCCAAGCCUGUCAGGCUGCGCCACGUUCGCUUACAUGCAGCUUUAUAAAGAGGAGGUGCAGAAGCUUUCCCUGGGGGUUUGGUCUGGAGUUUGGUCCAGUCUUUUCCCCCAGAACAGCCUUUGCUAUGGCUGGCCUGAAUGUCUCCAUUGCUUUCUUUUUCCUGGUGGUUGGGGUGUGCCAGGUGCUCAGGCAGCUUUCCAAGAGGCUUCUGUCUCCUGGAGCAUAUGGCUGCCUUGCCAGAGAACUUGCUGGCUCGUUACAGCUGUGCAUGAGCUUCCUUGAGCUGAGGAUGCUGGUGGAGAUUGGCCCAUGGGGUGGUGGCUUUGGUCCAGACGUGGUCCUUACGCUGCUCUUCCUCCUCUUCGCUGUUCAUGGUGCCUCUUUUGAUGGAGCAUCUGCCAACCUGACUGUCUCUCUUCAGGAGUUCCUUCUCCUUGAGUCCAGCCUAGCAGCAACUGCUACCAAGCUGCUGGCCCAGGGUGCAGGCAUGGGCAUGGGCUGGGCUGUCACCAAGCUCUACUGGUCCUGGGAGCUGACGCAGUUCCACCUCAUCCAGAACCUGAUAGCGCCAGAGUGCAACUCCUCCAUCCACACCGCUCUGCACCACGCUGCCUUUGUGGAAGGAAGCUGCUCUUUCCUUUUCCACCUUGUCCUUCUCAAGCUGCGACAGAGUCACCCAGUGUACCAGGUCCCUGCACUGGCAGCAACUGUCACCUUCUUGAGCUACAUAGCUGGACCGUACACAGGGGCCUUCUUCAACCCUGCCCUGGCCACCGCCGCCACCUUUCACUGCUCUGGGAGCAGCUUUUGGGACUACAUCUGGGUGUACUGGCUGGGGCCCCUCACAGGGAUGCUCACUGCCCUCCUGCUAUUCCAAGGCAACAUCCCACGACUCUUCCAGAAAAACCUCCUUUACAGACAGAAGAGCAAAUACAAGAUACCCAAGGCAAAGUUGGUGGUGCAGAUGGAGGGUGACGAACCGCAGAGGAAGAGUAAAGGGGAGAAGAGCAACUCCAAGCCCUGUGCCUGAGCCAUGCAUGGGGGCCCAAGAGGUCCCUGCAGCCCCUCUCCUGGGAGUGGGUUUCUCCUCCCACCCAUCCUUCAUCCUGCCCGUUCAUUCCCUACCUCAGGGUGAAAUACUUUGGAAGCAUCACAAAGGAAUCAGCCAGGCUGGGCUUGCAGGACAUCAGAAUCCCUGAGCUCCUUUGAGAAUAACUUGAGAGUCACCCUGGAGAGCCCAGAAUGUUUCAAGCCUGCGUGACUAGCUUGGUGGGGGAAAAACCCCAAUACUUUUGCAUAAAUUGCUGGUUGUCUUGUAUUGCCAGGAAGCUUACAGAAAGUCAGGACCAUCCCGUGGGUAGGCUUGAGCAACUCCUGAGUUAUUGCAGUGUGAAGUGCUCGAAAUAACCCAACUUACAGCCAUAAAAACACAAGCGUAAGCCAGUAACUGCCUUGGAAACUUAGAAUGAGGAAGAAGCGGGCUUGAUCUUUCAAGUUACUGAAUGUGGAUACUGGUCAAAAAUGGGUGUUCUUUGAGUUAAACUGAGAUCAUUGGAUUGAACAGGCUGAAUCUGGCAGUUCUUAGGAAUUUAAACUGCUUCAGGACAAGUGAGUUCACUGGCCAGAGGAGACCCCGCUCCCCUGUGGACAUGGUGCUUAGCCUGAGAUUCAUGUGCUGUAAAGCAUCAAG